UACACUGUGGAUGAUGGAUUGUUCAGAAGAGGUUCAGCCGGUGUCCGAGGAGCCCAGCGCUCAAAUAGAGCUCAAAAAGGGAAUGUCCAUUUUCAUUGAUAUCUUACGGAGGGCCGAUAAAAACGAUGAUGGAAAGCUGUCCUUUGACGAAUUCAAAUCCUACUUCUCUGACGGAGUCCUGACAGCUGAGGAACUGAAGGAGCUCUUUCACACCAUCGAUACCCAUAACACAGACAACGUGGACACGGAUGAACUCUGUGAGUACUUCUCCCAGCACCUCGGUGAAUACGAGAACGUUCUUGCUGCCUUAGAAGACCUGAACAUGUCCAUCCUGAAGGCGAUGGACAAAACAAAGAAGGAUUAUCAGGAGUCCACCCACUUGGAGCAGUUUGUGACCCGCUUCCUGCUGAAGGAGACAACCAAUCAGCUUCAUUCACUUCAAAGCUCACUGGAGUGUGCCAUGGAAACCACAGCUGAGCAGACUCGCCAGGAGAAACAGGGUCCUGUGAAGCCAGAGGUGUUGUCCAUCCAGUGGUCCGGUCGUCGCUCUAAUCGGAGGCUUCAGAGGAACAACAGCCUCUCCCCCAACAACCCUCUCUUUAGCCUCGUCAGUUCAGGUGUUUAUGAUGAAGACAGCCAGUGGAUAAUCCAGGUCAACAGACUGCAGAAACUUAUCGACCGCCUAGAACAAAAGGAGAUCCGUCUGGAGCCGGUUGAAGAAGAGGUCUUGGAGAGCAAAUCGCACAUCCUAAUAGUUCAGAGGCAGCUCUCGGUGCUGGAGGAGGAGCUGGAGGAGUUUCGCUUGGCUCUCAGACAGUACAUGGAGUGCGCCUGUGCCCAGACUGGAUGUUUGCACAUCGCAGUUCAGCGGCUGGCAAAUGAAUCACACUUCAUUCUCUAUGAAUUCUGGGAGCACAACAACGUGUGGAAGAAUCACCUACAGACCAACUACAGUAAAACCUUCCAGAGGGGGAACGUGGACUUCCUGGAAACUCCUGAGUCCAUUACCACCAUGUUGGUUCCUGCCUCCUGGUGGGUCCUCAACAACAACUGAACGCGGACACACACUUCUCUUUACUGAUGGGUACAAACAAACAGCAACUGGCCAACACAUCUGGAAGUCCACAGCAGGAGCAACAAUGCCGCCCUACCCCACACACACACACACACACACACACGAUGAACACAUUUUGUGAAGUCAUGGUGAUUAGUAUCUAUUUUAUGACCUCCAUGUUCCUUCAUAGUUUGGUGGUAGCUCAAAUAGCCCACGCGUGUUUGUUUACGUUCCUCGGCCAUCCUAAAAGCAACAACCUCAGUAGACAGUGAUCAAUCUGAUUAUCUCAUCGCAGUGUUUGACAUGACAUCAUCUAUAGUCCAGAGUAGUUCAUGAGAGGUGUGUGUGUGUGUGUGUGUUUGUAUAGGUUAAUUUGUGAGGACCAGCGUGUAAAGUUUUUGUCCCCAUUGUUGGUUUUAGGGUUUUCAGUUGAUUUGGGUGAGGGGCUGGGAAGUCUGUUAAAGAAUGUCCUCACAGAUAGCCAUACAAGUAUAUAGGUGUGUGUGUGUGUGUGUGUUUGUAUGACAUGUGUGUGAGACGAGUGUGUGACGUGUGUGUAUGCAUCUGUGUGAGUGACUGAGAGCGACUAAUUGAUGAAAUUGUAUCAACUGUAGCAGCUCUGGAGAGCUCAUUAAACCAUAAUACUGUUGUUUCAGCAUUUAUUGAGUUAAAAUGUGAUAAAAGCAUUAAAUAAAGACGAUAUUAUUGUGUA